AUGCCACGAAAGCGCCCGGCGGCGGCAACGACCCCCAGGCAUUACUGGGACGUUGAAAGUGACGAGCUCGACUCUCUCUCUGCUCGCUUCUGGGCAGAUACCUCCGAGGAGGAGCCUGGAACUGCAGCAAGUGCUGCCGCAAGUGCAGGUCCUGCAGGACCUACGACGCCGACUUCGGUCGACAUCCCACCGGGAGCCUCAACAUCCCCCAACGACAGGGGCGAGGCAGCCGAGAGCGACAGUGCGCCGAUGUCACCAGUCUCGCCAAUGUCAAGAGCUGAGAUGCGGGACGGGACCCGCCGGCUCCUAAAGAUGGAAGGCGAAUGGGACCUCCACCGCCAUGCCCGGUGCGACAUCCGAAUGAUCACACAGGCUCUAGGCAAGUGGAGCGGCCCCCAAGAGGAGGUGCCGAGGCGAAGCAUCGCGGUCGAGGCUGGCCCCGGACCGCCGACAGAGCUGGGAGCUGGAGCUGCCGCUAUGCUGGCUAGGGCCAAGGCGGCCGCGGCUAGCCUCCCUGAGUUGUGUGCUGGCCCCGGACUACCGACUGAGCUGGGAGCUGGAGCUGCCGCUGUGCUGGCU